GGGAGCCGGACGGGGGCUCUGGUGACUGCGGCGGCGGGUGGUCACAGAGGAAGGGUCGGGGACAUGGCUGCGAGACUGCUGCUCCGCGCCGCGCGUCACGGCCUGAGCCGCCUCGCAGGACGCGGUGCUUCCCGGAGCAGCGUCAGGACCGUGGUGUCCGGAGGUGUUCCAACGGAUGAAGAACAGGCUACAGGACUAGAGCGUAGAACGCUACAAGCUUUGAAGAAAGGACAGGAUCCAUACAGUAUCUUGAAGCCUAAAGAAUAUGCAGGCACCGAGGAGGAUCCUCACAUUGUGCCUUCAACAAUCGAUAAGAGGCUGGUUGGUUGUCUUUGUGAGGAAGAUAACACUGCAAUUGUCUGGUUCUGGCUACAUUCUGGAACACCUCACCGCUGCCCAUCCUGUGGAUCGCAUUACAAACUUCAACAUCAUGAGCUGCCUCAUUAGCGUAUAACAGGACAGAUCAUUUUAGCAAUCAACAAGAUCUUUCAGCCAUAAUUGCCUUAAUAGUUUAAAUAUGAGGUUCAUCAUAUGUUCUUGCUGAAAGCCAAAUGGAAAAAAUUGUGCACUUCAUUAAAUAAAAGCCUUUAGAUAUUUGCA